AUGAUUCCCCUCCCUCCCAAGGCCACCGUCCUUGUGGUUCUGGCCUGCGCCUUAUUUCCCGCUAGUGCAACCGCCCAGGCAAAGGGUCCAUACGAAGCAACAUGGGAGUCAACAGAUAAACACAACGCCGCACCCGAAUGGUACCGCGAUGCCAAAUUUGGCGUUUACUGGCACUGGGGCGCUUUCACAACAGCCCAGUACGCCAGCGAAUGGUAUCCACGCAACAUGUAUGAACCCGACUCUGAUCAGAGAAAGCAUCAUACAGAAAUAUACGGACCUCCAGAGGAAUGGGGCUACGAGAACUUCAUCAAGGGUGCAAAGGACAAAAAGGGUAACUUUGUCCAGUUCAAACCUGUCCUGAAGUCUAAAGGUGGUGAAUUUGAUCCUGAGGCUAUUAUCAAGGUCGUCAAAGCUUCUGGUGCUCGAUUUGCCGGACCAGUGGCUGAACAUCAUGAUGGCUUCUCCAUGUGGGAUAGUAAGAUCAAUGAGUGGAACCCAGUCAACUAUGGCCCCAAGCUAGACUUGGUUAAGCUCUGGGCGGAUCUUGUGCGGGAGAAUGAUAUGAAACUUGUUGUUGCUAUGCAUCAGGCGUACAACUACAAUGGCUUUUUCCAAUGGGCGCCAAAGACAAACGACACGAGUCUCCAAAAACUUCUUGGGCAAUUGCCUCGCGAUGAAUCGGAUCAGCUCUGGUUCGACAAGCACCGAGAGAUGCUGGAUCACGUUCAACCUGACAUCAUCUGGAACGAUUUCUCGCUCGACAGUCCCGGAGAAUGUGGAAGUUUCGAAGGGCCUUGUGCAGUAGACGAGCAGAAGCGUCUCGAGUUUCUUGCUUACUACUUCAACCGAGGUGAGGAGUGGGGUAAAGAAGUUGUCACUACCUACAAGCACCAUGACCAUGGUUUCCGCAAUACAUCAGCCGUAGACGACUGGGAACGCGGUGGACCGUCCAACCUCGUUCGUCCCUACUGGCAAACAGACGAUGCCAUCAGUGCAUCAAGCUGGAGUUACACAGUUGGUAUCAAGUACUACAGCUCCAAAGCCAUGGUCCACUCUUUGCUUGACCGUGUUAGUAAGAACGGAAACAUGCUACUUAACAUUUCACCCAUGGCUUCUGGAGUGUUGCCUGAGGAACAGAUCAAGGUUCUGAACGAUAUCGGUGACUUCCUUGGUCGGUACGGCGAGGCUGUUUAUGACACUCGAGCUUGGGAUAUCUAUGGUGAGGGACCGAAUCAGGUCGAGGGUGGAUCUUUUACAGCGCCUUUGCAAGGGAACAGCAGCGAUGUUCGCUUCACGCGCAACAAGGAAGAUGAUGUUCUCUACGUUACUGUUCUUGGUUGGCCAGAGGAUAACCUCGUGUCCGUCAAGAACCUUGGAUCCAACGCUCUGGUUGAUCUCAAGUCCUUAAAGUCUGUCCAGCUUCUCGGCGACAAAGCUGGCGAUUACAUCAAGGUUUCAGAAUGGGAACAGUCCAAAGAUGUCCUAGAUAUCGCCCUUCCUUCCCAACCAGCCGAAUCACUCGCCUAUGUCUUGAAACUUACCUUUGAUGGUGGCAUUCCUGUACCUCAGCCUAAACGUGGUGCAGCUGUCUUCUCUGAAGCAGAUGCCACUGGCAAGGGUGUUUCUCUUGAGUUGGGUACUUUUGACACGGUGUUUUUGACUGAGGCAGGACUCGAUCCUGAGGAUAUUCGCUUCAUUAGAGUGUCAGCUGGUACGAAGGCCACUCUUUUUACUGGAUCCAGGUUUACUAGGGAGAGCAAGGAGCUCAGCGCUGGUGAACAUGAGGUGGAGGAAGGUUCUGUGGGAUCCAUCGCGAUCUCAAAGAUUUGA